GAGCGCUGAAACGUUUCAAAUGCGGAAGAUGUGUGUUCACAGAGCUCGAGCGCUGUUAACGGGGUCUCCGUGGCUGUGAAUGCACGUCCACAGACUCACGCUAAGCCAAACAAAGUUAUCCGGAGGGAGAUCGUUUGUUACGUAACUUACUGGAAAUAAAGUAGCCUUAUCUCUACCUGGACUGAACCGACUGAUUAUUUUCCGCGGCGAUACGCAGGAUUUCUUUUUGGGGGCCCCCACUCACUAGCAGCGUGUGGCCCCUCGAUCAGAGGGGGGUUAAUCUGAACCCUCCUGUCACCUCGAUGCCCAAACAGAGUCGGAGGUCGCUGAGAGAGGCGGUGUUCUCCCGUUCAUCUCCUGUUUGCGACGGAUCAGGGAGAGGAGGAGGAGGAGGACGCGCACAUAACUUUUCAUCCACAGAGAUUUGUGAUGAUCAAGCACAGAUGGCGGAACAGUACACUGGGCAAGCAGGCUUUCUCUGCGACGGUAAGCCGGGGAGAGGGUGCCUGGUGCCGCAGGUGACCAUCACGUCUGAUGGGGACUCACGGGAGAUCACCGAGGAGGAUCUGGAGGAGGAGGUGAACGGACGGCUGCGCCGCAAACUCUCCAACUCCUCCAUCUCUUCCAACGGCUCCUCAACGGCGUUCGACGAGUCGGAGGAUGACAUUCUCAGCGACAACGAGACCAAAAGCAAAGGCAUCGUGACUCUGGAACAUUUGGGGGACUCGCUAGACUCAGGAGAGCAAAGCAAUGCCUGGAGGAAGCUGAAGACUAUUGUCCAUUGCCCUUUGGUGGCCUCACAACGAAGACGCCUGUCCUGGGUUCAGCUAGCAGGCCAUAAAGGCAGCUUUAAAGCAGGGGAUGAGGGCUCCAUACUGAAGAAGUUCUCAGAGAAUGAGAAGCUGUGUUUUGAGAAGCUGAAAGAGGAUGCUUUACAUUCUUUCGUGCCCAGCUAUUAUGGAGUGGUUAAGAGAGAUGGAGAGCUCUUUCUCAAAAUGAAAGACCUGUUGGCCAACUUUGAUUUGCCGAACGUCAUGGACUGCAAGAUGGGAGUGAGGACAUAUCUAGAGGAGGAGUUGGUGCGGGCAAGGGUGAAGCCAAAGCUGCGUGAGGACCUGUAUAAUAAGAUGAUGGAGCUGGACAGUGAGGCUCCAACAGCGGAGGAGAAGAAGCAGCUGGCAGUAACCAAACCACGCUACAUGCAGUGGAGAGAAAGUCUCAGCUCUACUAACACUCUGGGCUUCCGCAUUGAGGGUAUCAAGAGAGGAGAAACCUGCAACACAGACUUUAAAAAGACCCGGUCAAAGGAAGACGUCAUUCAGGUCUUUAAGGAUUUCGUCGAGGGCAAUAAAAACAUAAUUAACUCCUAUAUUACAAGGAUGGAAGAUAUUAAACAGGCACUGAAAGCCUCAGAGUUCUUCAAGAAACAUGAGGUCAUUGGCAGUUCGCUUCUCUUCAUUCAUGAUCACAAAGAGAGAGCUGAGGUCUGGCUCAUUGAUUUUGGUAAAACCAUCCUUCUCUCAGAAGGACAGAAGCUGGAUCACUACAGACCCUGGGAGGAAGGCAACCGAGAAGACGGAUACUUAUGGGGCCUUGACAACCUGCAGCAAACCCUUUCCUUAUUAGCCAGGGAGUGACCUUCUUACUGUGAACUUUUCACUUACUGUCCAGUACGAGUGACAGCUACGGCAUGCUGAUAGACACUUAUAAACCUUCUGCAGUGCAUAAUGGGGAGACUACCAGUGAGCAAGUCCAUUACUUUACAGUAUUAAGCUGUAAAAAGCAUUUCGCCAUGAUCAUGGUUUCAAAAAUGUGUUUGUUGUCAUUGGGCAUCACACAAUUACUCUUCCCCAAUGUCCAAAAAAAAAGAAAGAAAAGUUCAAAACAAAUACAAUUUUAAUUACAAAUGUAGUUUGUAAAAAAAAAGAAAAAGAAAAAAAAAAAUCACAUGAACAGGUACAA